AUGGAUUAUGUUGAAGAUUUUGUAGAUUUUUUAAUUGAUGCCGAAUUAAACGAUUUGCCUGUAUUAAAGCGAGCUUGUGAGAGAUAUUUAUGCGGAGAAUUGAAUACUAAAAAAGAAUUAAUGACUUCUUUAAUUUUGGAUUUAUUUUUUAUUGCUAUGGUUUUUCGAUUGCCUGUAAUGAAGUCUAUGACGUUGACUGAACUUUGUGAUCGUUACUAUGAAAUGGAGGAUCUUGGAAUUUUAAUGGAGAGAGACGAAUACAAGUACGGUAGAGGCUCGAUAGUUUGUCACGUCUCUCUAUUACGUCAUCCAGAUCAGAGGUGUGCCGAAACGGAUUUCAAAAAGUGA